AAAUCCGUAUCGAAACACGUACACGAAAUCGUGCGAAUGUCGUGCGAGCAAAAAUCGACGAGGAAAAGUGCCGAGAUGGAGGAGAAGGAACGAGGGGAGGCGAGGGACAAGUGUCGAAAAUCGUGGAGAACGUUGGAUCCUAUGGUCGUCGAUCGAAACGAUAACCUGUACACGGCUGUCCGCCAGAGCUUGCACAAGGUGGACCGCGUCUCGACGAGGAACAGUUUUUUGAAGAGCAACCAGGAAACGAGGAACAGGAGUGGAGUGUCGCAGGAGUCGAGCAUCGGACGAUUCUCCACCAUAAAAGCGUUCUUCGAUAAGAAUGAGUGCCAGGAGGGGAAAGGGACGAGGUCCAGGUGUAAGAUCACCGUGAUGGGCAGAUUGAUGAGGAAGCUGGAAUCGUGGAAACGGGAACAGUUUCCUGACCAACUGACUUCGAUGGAAUCUACGAAAAACGAUAUCAACGGCAACUUGGUGUCGAACUAGGAGGAAAGUUAGAAGAGGAUUUCGAAAAUACUACGUAAUUUUUGCGCUUGAAAGAGGAGAGGACCAUCGAAGAGGAAACAAACUGCUCAAGAAUUUAAUAGACACGGGACGCGAGCAAAAUUGUAUUCUAAUUCCAUUUUUCUUCUUUUUUUUUUUUUUCUUCUUUUUCUCCCCCGUUAUCCUGCUCGAGAAACGAGAUUUAACGAGAUGUAAACACUGUAAAAUCGUGAUAAGCACGAGAUCCUUUUCUCUUUGGUAGCACGGGAAAAAGUAAUCGGUCGAGAGGUGUAAAGUGAGUGUAUCGUUGCUCGAGCACUAGUCA